UUUAUCAUGUAUUUUACAGAGACAUUCUUCCACAAUGGCUUCUGCUGUGGCAAGUUUGGUGCCCACUACUGCCUCCCGCUUUGCUCUGCUGCAAGUAGACAGCAGCAGUGACUCUGAUUCGGAGAAGACUAAAGUUCCACGUGGUGCUGGGAAAUCACGCACCACAUCUGCUACAAGUGGUAAAAGCAAUGUAAAUGAGAAGAAGAGGGAAAAACGUAGGAAGAAGAAAGAACAGCAACAAAGCGAGGCCAAUGAGUUAAGGAAUCUGGCAUUUAAGAAGAUUCCCCAGAAAACCUCUCAAGGUACUGGUGGGUCCCAGCAGGAGUCAGGGCCACACGGUAUAGCUAAAGAAGCUCAUGGAGAAGACUGGCAGCAGUGGCAACAGAGAGAUGAACAGCUGACAUCUGAUAUGUUUGAAGCAGAUCUUGAGAAAGCCUUAAUUCUGAGUAAGCUACAAUAUGAGGAACAGAAAAAGGAAAAUGAUAGUGGAGAAAAUGUAUCCCCUCAAUCAAAAAGAGUUGGCAAAAAGGAUAAGCGCAAGAAUCUACAAGGGAAAGACAAGCCUCUCACAGUAUCCUUAAAAGACUUUCAAUCAGAAGAACAACACGCUAAGAAAACAGAGGAAUUAAAGUCUCCUCCCAUGUUACCACAUGACCGUGGAUUUUUCAAUAAAUUGGAAGAUGAUGUCACCAAAAUACUACUUAAAGAAAAGAGAAAAGAACAAACCACUGAUGUAACAGAAAGUAUCUCUACACCUGAUUACAGCAUGGAACGAGUACUAAAAGAUGGAAGAACAGAGUUACUAAAGUUGGAAAUAGAAAAGAAAGACACAGAGAUACAGCAUCUAAAAAGCAUCAUAUCUCAGUGGGAGGCAAAAUACAAAGAAGUAAAAGCCAGGAAUGCACAAGUCCUGAAAAUGCUGCAAGAAGGUGAAAUGAAGGACAAAGCAGAAAUCCUCUUACAAGUUGAUGAAUUGCUGACCAUUAAACAUGAAUUAACUUUACAGGUCACCACUCUGCAUGCUGCUUUAGAGCAAGAACGAUCGAAAGUAAAGAUUUUACAAGCAGAGCUAGUGAAAUACCAGGGUGGCAAGAAAGGUAAAAGAAAUUCUGAACCUGACCAUGGACGAUAAUGAAUCAUUUCCUUAUCACUGGAGGAGAAAGAGCAUUUUGUAAAAAGCACUAACGUUUCUGCAGAGUUGAAAUACUGCUGUUCCAAUGCCAUACAUUAGUUUUUCAUGAAUAAAUACAACUUAUUCUUCC